AUGCCUACUCUCAUCAAGGUGCCGUGCUCGUCGGCCAACAUUGGGCCCGGCUUCGACGUCAUCGGCCUCGCCCUCAACCUCUACCUCGAGCUCGAGGUCGCCGUCACCAGCAAGGACCGCUCGGAGCACUCGCUCAACUGCAGGAUCACCUACGAGGGCGUGGGCGCAGAGGACGUGCCGCUCGUCGCCCAAGACAACCUCAUCACGCGCACCGCCGUCUACGUGCUGCGCUGCCAUGGCGUCCGCGCCUUCCCCGCUGAGACACACGUGCACGUCAAGAACCCCAUCCCGCUGGGCCGCGGACUGGGCUCGUCGGCCGCCGCCAUUGUCGCGGGCGUGCACCUGGCCAACGAGGUCGGCAAUCUGAAGCUGUCCAAGGCGCGCAUGCUGGACUACUGCCUCAUGGAGGAGCGCCACCCGGACAACGUCGCCGCGGCGCUGUAUGGAGGAUUCGUGGGCACCUAUCUGAACGAGCUGUCGCCCGAGGACACGGAGAGGCUGGAGAUUCCCCUCAGCGAGGUCCUGCCUGAGCCCGCUGGCGGUGUCGACACGGGCCUGCGCCCGCCGCAGCCGCCCCUCAACAUUGGCCACUACACAAAGUUCCCCUGGUCCGCCGACAUCAAGUGCAUCUGCAUCAUCCCCCAGUUCGAGGUCUCCACCGCUUCCGCCCGCGCCGUGCUCCCCGAAUCCUACUCGCGCAAGGACGCCAUCUUCAACAUGCAGAGGCUCGCCGUCCUCACCACUGCGCUUGGACAGUCCCCGCCAGACCCUGACAUGAUCUACACCGCCAUGCAGGACAAGCUCCACCAGCCCUACCGCCGGGGACUCAUCCCCGGACUCACCGAGAUCCUCCAGUCCGUCACCCCCCAGUCACACCCCGGCCUCCUCGGUAUCUGCCUCUCAGGUGCUGGUCCCACCAUCCUCGCCCUCGCGACCGGAAACUUCGACUCCAUCGCGAACCACCUCCUCGCCGAGUUCAAGAAAGAGGGCAUCGCAUGCGACUGGAAACUCCUGCAGCCCGCCCAAGACGGCGCCACAGUCACCAACUCCCUAAACACCACACAAGCCGAAGCCAUGACCUACGCCUCGUCAGGCGUCAGCAUCGACGCCGGCAAUCAGCUCGUCCAGCAGAUCAAGGCUUCCACAAAAUCCACACGGCGACCCGGCGCAGACGGCGAGAUUGGUGGCUUCGGCGGUCUCCUCGACCUGCAAGCUGCCGGCUACACAGAAGCGCCCAUUCUGGUGGGUGCCAUUGACGGCAUUGGCACAAAGGUCAAGAUUGCCUUUGAGAUGGGCAAGCACGACACCGUCGGCAUUGAUCUAGUCGCCAUGAAUGUCAACGACCUUGUCGUCCAGGGCGCCGAACCUCUCAUGUUCCUCGACUACUACGCCUGCUCCAAGCUCGAUAUUGCCUCAGCCGCCAAGUUCAUCGAGGGUGUUGCAAAUGGGUGCAGACAGUCGGGCGCUGCGCUUGUGGGUGGUGAGACAGCAGAGAUGCCUGGUAUCUACCAAGAAGGCGAGUAUGACGCUGGCGGUGCAGCCAUUGGCGCAAUCAAGAAGGGCGCCACCAUCCUCCCCGACACAGCGGCCAUGCAAGAAGGCGACAUCCUUCUCGGUAUGUCGUCAAGCGGUGUGCACUCUAACGGCUUUUCGCUCGUCCGCAAGAUUGUCGAGCGCAGCGGUCUAUCGUUCCACGACGCUGCGCCGUGGUCACCAGAGCACAACAUCGGCACUGCUCUCCUCACACCCACCAAAAUUUAUGUCAAGCCCCUCCUCGCUGCCGUCCGCAAGAACCUCCUCAAGGGCAUGGCACACAUCACCGGCGGCGGCCUGUCGGAAAACAUUCCCCGCAUGCUGCCCAAGACACUAACCGCCGAGCUCGACGCAAAGACUUGGCCACUGCCCGACGUGUUCAAGUGGCUGAAGAAGACCGGAAGCCUCGAGCACUCCGAGUUCCAGCGCACUUUCAACACCGGUCUUGGCAUGGUCAUUGUUGUGAGCCCCGAAAACGCAAAAGCCACACUCGAGCUGCUGCGCGCCGAGGGUCAGAAUGUGUUCGAGAUUGGGCGGCUGAUCAAGCGCGGCGAGGAGGAGGUCAUUGUUCAUAACAUGAAUGUUUGGAAUUAG